UAUACGGUACGUUCUCAUCGAAACACGCCGAUAAAUAUUUGUCGUGGAUUGUCUAUCAGACAACAACUUUCUACGAUCUGCUCAAAAAGUUAUAUGACGAGUGCAAUUCUAAAUGCGGCUCCAGGGGCACCAAUUGUCACGAACGAGCGUGCGUCAAGGAGUGUAGAACUACAUCCACCAAGAAUAAACCGCCACGAUAUCACGAUGCCAAAUGCAAAUCCAUUGUAAAGUGCAAUGCUACGCUUCCGACAUUGGCAAAAUACGGGUUCACGUUUGGGGUUAAAGACAAGCUCAACGGAGAUGAAAGCAUAGAUAAGAAACGCACGUGCAGAGAUUUCUGCAAUGUAUUCCAAGAGGCUUUUAACGAAAACUCACACCUAAUACAACUCAUAAAAGCCAUUGACGAAUUCAUAUUCACCAUCAGGCAGCCGUUUAUAUGGCUUAACGUCGCGCUCUGGUCACUAUCCCUCUUCUACCUCAUCUGCGUAAUGGUUGGCAGGCUGGAUGUGCUCCACAUACGCUCACACCUAAGAUCACCGUCAUCGCACAGGAUUACAGCGCAAUCGCUGUUGGCUGCAGCGCAAGUCGGAAGGCUUGCCAAGAUAUCGUAUCUACAACCGUGA